CGAAGUAAUUUAUGUGCUGAGGAGGGUCCGGAGCUCGCGAGGAUACCGGCGACUAAAGCUAACGGUACGGGAUAAAGUCACGUAACGAACCGGAGUUCCCCCGUCACUGUAUCCGGACGUACUCGGAAUGAAAAGAAUUUACAGUGUUGUGAAGAUUCACGCCCUGCAGACUUAUUUACAAGCAACAAGAGGACAAGACACAUGCCGCCAGUCUACACACUGUUGCUACUGUUUAGUGGAGUAACACAGAAAGCUGAAGCUCACCACACCUUCCACAACCCAGAAAACUAUGUGUAGAGCGAGUGUGAAAUUCCACAACCAAUUACCUGAGAGAAGUAGUAGUUAACAAUUGCAAGAGAGAGCAUUUUUCUGUCUGAUGCAAGAGGACAAUAAGAAGCCAACACCCUUGGAUAAACGCAGUUUCCCCAGAAGAAACUAUUUGGAUAUUUUUUUUGUUUCAAUAAGUUUUUAACUUGAAUAUUUGACACACUUCUCUUAGAUAUAACGCUUUAAUGAAUUACUCCUUGCCUUUUUUGAGAAGAUGAAUUUGAGAUUGUUGUUAUGAGGAGAGAUGAGUUAGAACUAUACAGGUUUCCUCCACCAUGUCAUGGAAAAGAAACUACUUUGCAUCUGGCAGCAGUGGGUUGCAGGGAAUAUUCACCCCACGGACCAUGACAUCAAUCGCCCCUAGCAAAGGACUCAUCAAUGAGCCAGGACAGAACAGCUGUUUCCUGAACAGCGCUCUCCAGGUUCUCUGGCAUCUGGAUAUCUUCCGCAGAAGUUUCCGGCAGCUCACUACACAUAAGUGCAUGGAGGACUCGUGCAUCUUCUGUGCUCUGAAGAGCAUCUUUGCGCAGUUCCAGUUCAGCAGUGAGAAGGUGCUGCCCUCUGAUGCUCUCCGCUGUGCUCUAGCCAAAACCUUCCAGGACGAGCAGCGAUUCCAGCUCGGCAUUAUGGACGAUGCGGCCGAGUGCUUCGAGAAUAUUCUCAUGAGAAUCCACUUUCAUAUCUCUGACGAGACCAAGGAGGACAUCUGCACAGCCAAACACUGCAUCCCACACCAGAAGUUUGCCAUGACACUCUUUGAGCAGUGUGUGUGCAGCAACUGUGGAGCCUCUUCGGACCCCUUGCCAUUCAUUCAGAUGGUCCACUACAUUUCCACCACUUCUCUGUGUAACCAGGCAGUGCGGAUGCUGGAAUGCCGGGAGAAGCCCACUCCCGACAUGUUCGGAGAGCUGCUAAGGAACGCCAGCACAGUUGGAGACCUGCGCAACUGCCCGGGUAACUGUGGAGAGAAGCUCCGAAUUCGACGUGUUCUGAUGAACUCCCCAGAGAUCAUCACCAUCGGCCUGGUGUGGGACUCAGACCACUCUGACCUGGCUGAAGAUGUUAUCCACAGCCUGGGCACCGUCCUGCGGCUUGGAGAUCUGUUCUACCGAGUUACAGAGGACAAAGCCAAACAGGCGGAGCUCUACUUGGUGGGUGUGGUCUGUUACUAUGGCAAACACUACUCCACUUUUUUCUUCCAAACCAAAAUCCGCAAAUGGAUUUACUUCGAUGACGCUCAUGUGAAAGAGAUUGGGCCUAAGUGGAAGGAUGUGGUGUCCCGUUGUAUAAAGGGGCAUUACCAGCCGCUACUGCUGCUUUAUGCUGACCCCCGAGGGACGCCGGUCUCAGCUCAGGAUCUGGCUUCACGCCUAGACUUACACCACUAUACUAAAGCAUACUAUGACAGCGAAGAUUCAGGCCGUGAACCCUCUAUUUCCAGUGACACACGGACAGAUUCUUCCACAGACAGCUACAGCUAUAAACAUUCUCACUCUCAUCAUGAGUCUAUGGCUUCCCACUUCUCCUCUGACUCCCAGGGAACUGUAAUUUGUAACCCUGACAACGCCUCCCACAGCAGCCAGGAAACCGCAGGUUCUUUGACUGAAUCCGAUCCAGUGCAGCGCCAUACUCUCCGAAAAGACGGGGUCUUGGACAGGAAGGGAGGCGUUUUGGAAAGGAAACGAAGUGCCAGCAGGCCGCGAAAAUUUGAGAAACGUGUUGAUUCUAGGAGUCGAUGCUCAAAAACAGAUGAGGUGUUGUCUGCUGGCUACCACAGCGAAGGUGAGACUUUAAAAGAGCAGCAGGUUCCUCGCUCUCUACCUAAACCCAGCUCCAGUCGACUUCGAGACUUCAAGGAGACUAUGAGCAACAUUAUCCAUAACCGGCCACUUUCUGCAUCGUCCUCGGGCUCUGCAUGCCCACCUGACUUCACCGCUAAGGUGCGAGACUGGGAGGCAGAGAGCACCAGCAGUGACUCCAAGUCCAGCUCCUCUGGAGGACGCUACCGUCCGCCAUGGAAGCCUCGGCGUGAGGCCCUGAACAUCGACAGUAUCUUCGGCAAGGAACGGCGCAAGCAGGCCGGGUACAGUCCAUUAGGAGCUCUUCUUCCUGAAGACACCAGGCCUCAGGGGGAGUUAAUGGGGUCCAAGGAGCAGACUACAUUUCGAGGCCUGCCGGGACCCCUGGGAAGAGGGUCAGAGCAGCCCCCACGGCUCAUCCAGAGGAUUGAGAGUGGCUAUGAGAGCAGUGAGAGGAACAGUAACAGCCCCGUCAGCCUUGACAUGCCUGUUAGCGAGGGGACCAGUAAUAGCCCACACAGCUUUCGAGAGGGAAGGUUACAAAAGCCUUCACCUAAUGUCAACCCAUCAUUAAAGUCUGUCACCAAAUCCAAGAGCAGCAGUAGCCUACUGCAAGAUGUCAAAGCGUCAGUCAAGGGCAAAAGUCACAUGAGUUUAGCGGACGAGGGCCGCAGUGAACUAGAUGAGCUACAGGAGGAAGUAGCUCGCCGGGCCAAGGAGCAAGAGCUACAGAGACGAAAGGAAAAGGAGAAAGAGGCAGCCAUGGGCUUCAAUCCCAGACCCAGCAAGUUCAUGGAUCUGGACGAGCUUCAGAACCAAGGGAAAGGGGAAGGCAUUGAGCGCUGUGUGUUGGAGGCAGAGUCUCUGCUAGACCAGUCUCUGAGACUGGAACAGGCAGGAGAGGUGGCCACUGCUCUGUCUGUGGUUAACGAAGCAAUGUCUAAACUCAGGCAUACCUUGCAUGAGAGCAGCACUAACGCUCAGGGCAGGAUGCAAAAGUGCAUGAGGAGAGCACGAAGUCUGCAGCAACGCAUGCAGCAGCAGGAACUGCAGCAGAAGCAACAGGAGGAAGAGAAGGAACAGAAACAGCCUCUCAGUGAACAGCCUGUCCCGGUCGAAAUACUUCUGACAAAUGUUAAAGAAGAGGAUGAGAAAGCAGUUUCAGAAGAUGCAUUAAGACCACUUUCACCUCUCCUCAUGAAACCUCAGCCUGCAAUUAAACCGAUUCCUGAUGCCCCUGGCCUUUCUGUAUCCCCCCACCAUACAGACCCACUCUUAACGCAGCAGGGCAGUUCAGGUGACAACUCUAGUCCUGUAACAGAGAAUGGACCACACUCACACACAUGGGGCCCCAAAGACCCCAUCACAAUCACAAACUCUCUUGUACAGACUGCCAGUAAAUGCAGUUCUGCCACUGUGCCUGUGAUUGCGGUGAAUAGUUGUGAGGGUCCUCUCCAGCCCUCUGCUUUGCCCAACUACAAGCAUUCUAGUCCAUCUUAUUUGAACAGUCAGUGCCCACCUCUGUCACAAAGUGCCCAUCACACAUCUUCACACAUCAGCUCCAACUCUGGGGAUGAGCAGAAGGAGUUACCACAGCAGGCUCGCCCUCAGUCACUACGUGGCCCAUCAAAUGCACCCCACGGCCAUGUUUCUGAUGCCUGUCAAAAAUCAAACACACUCCGGGCAUCCCCACGUAACUGGUCUUGCCACAGUUUGGAACGACCUGAUCGGCAUCCAACUGUGAUAGAUUCCUCCCUGCGCUCUUCAGCAGACCUCAACUCCCCCUCACCUCCCUGUCCUCCAUCCCUGUCUUCACCAGCACUGGAGCACCAUCCAGCCGCCCCCAUGCCUGUGGAGCGCUGGGCUGAGAAUGUCAGUCGAUACUACAAUUCCCAGAAUUCAGCACUGUCAGGACGUGGCUCACCCAGUGAGGAGCUGUCAGAGCUGGAUUCGCUCUAUCAGGCCAGCUUAAAGGCUCCCAGCAUGCCACGAGCCCCACGAGGACCCAGCCCUCAGCAUCCCAACAGAUCAGGUCCCGUUGCUUCUCGAAAGCACAUUGCAGGACUUUCUGCCACUCCUGGUCGUUCCAAAACGCCCACAGCAGAGAUUGAGAGAUGUGCCUACAGAACGCCAGCAUAUAGCAGUAAUCUGGCUCGGAAGCCUGUUUCUGCUGCUGUCUAUGGUGCGCCGCUGUGUGAGGAUGAAUCAUACAGUGCAGAGAACCUGCGACGAAUUGUUCGCAGUUUCAGUGGGACUGUAAUCGGCGGACGAGCUGACAACAUCCCCCCCUCUCGCAGCUUUGACCCCGCUGUCUCCAGGAUACCCAACCAUGUGAGCAUGCAACUCCCCACACGUCAGUCCAGCACCUCCCUGCAUGUUUUACCCCCUCCUUCCCACAAUCCUCCUAUGUUCUCUCACGAGCCGCAGCUGCAGCCCCAGUACCUUCACCAAAGUCACCACCCCGCCCCUCCAUCACACCUGCACCAGCAGACACUGAGGCCUAGCGUAUCAGGGCCCUCUUAUGGACAAACAGGAGAUAUCCAAAAGGCCAACAAGUUUCUGGCUGUGCUUGACCGGGGUGAAGCGCUCUCCCGUGAAAACUACCACAGUGUCGCAAUGAGCUACGGGACUCUUCCACGGGCUCUCCGUCGGUCAACAUCAACCGGGCCCCCGGUUCAUCAAACCAGGCCAGAACCCCCGGCUGGCCCAGGACCCCGUCGCCACCCAGAUGCUUAUGGCACACUUUCCCGCCCUCACCGUAAUGCACCAUCAAUUAAGACAAUGGAUGUUUUUUACAGACAAUCAAGCCAUGGUGCCACCCCAAACCCACAUCAGUCCAGCCAUCAUCACCCACAUCUAGCCUUUGAGCCACCAGCCCAGCCACUCCGUCUUGAUGUGCCCCCUGAGAGGGACUGGAGGACUGCAGACUAUAGGGUGUCUUCUAGAGACGCUCUUGUCUUCAACAAGCCAGAGCCACGUGGUGGGACAUCCCGUGGCCCACCUGCCUAUCUCUGUGCCCUGUGCAAGCAGAAUCAAGCUGAGCCCUCUAGAAGUUAUUGCCAAACCUGCAGAGCCCAUAUGAACCACUACAGGAUGACCAGCUGAGUGAUAGAUAUACAUACUGGAAUACACCUCUGAAAUACAUCUUUCUAGGCACUCAUUCUCUGACUUGACUUGGAAGUACAGAAAAAACAUGAUGUUCUAUAAAUGAAAUGACUGCAUCUUACCCGAACACACAGAAUGACAAGGUUCAUUGCCUGAACAUUGCCUGCUGAUAUACAGUGUUUGCUCCAUAUAUGCACAAGUUCUAUAAGACUUGUUUUACUUUAUGCUCCUUGAAAUUAGCAUUCCAAGCUAACCUUACUUAGUUCUGUGAUUGUAAUUUAACAAUGUUAACAAGUUUAGUGCACUUCAGAAGUGUUACGUUAGAAGCGUUCCUCUGUUGUAACUUCUCCCAUUUUUAUGGGAAAACAAAUGUUUAUGUGCAACUACUUAACUUAGAGGGCUGUAAUGUAAGUGUGCAUCAGAUCAGUAAUCAAAGGUACAUCAGAUUUCUCCAUUGUACCAACAGUUAAUUUUCAUCCACCUUAUUGGCAUUUGUGUCGGUAUUUUUGUGUACAGUAUUGCCCAAUAGUAGCAUCAAAACCUCCCUAAUUGUGAUCGUUUUUAUUAUUUUGUAGUAGCAGCAGUUUUAACUUUUUGAUUUAUACAGUAUAUCUUACAUUAAAUGUUAAGUGCAAAAAGUUUUUAGGCUGUUAAGACUUAAAAGAUAGAUGACAGAAGAACAGAAAAAUCUGCAGUGCCUUGGAUUGUGAAAGGUAACACAACUGGGUGUCAGUUCCAUUUGAUAGAUUUUGCAGCCAUAUAAUAUAAUACAUGCUUAUUAUAAUAGUGCGAAAUUAACUUUUCCCCACUUGGAGAUUAAAUGUUUUAUUUUUAAUUUUAUUUUGUUAUUUCUUGGAAACAUGGACUAAGAUCAUUAACUUGUUUAUGAAGUCUUAUGCAAGUGUGAAGCAAUGUCUGUUAGCUGAGUUUUAAAGUGCAAAUGUGCCAUUUCAUGGAAAUUAAAGUGUUACCUGCUCAUCAUAGCGGCCACAAGAGUACUUUAUAUUGAAACGGGGCCAAAUUUAUUAAAGCUUUUCAUACGUGAACGCUGAUUAGAGCAGGUCAAAUACCUCCAAUCGCAUGUUCAUUUUUUUCUUCUUCUUAUUAUUUUUUUUGACAUUUUUUGCAUGUACUAUAGUUUCGUAAAUCGGGACCUAACAGUGAAUCAUAGUGCCUCUGUAUUGAAUUAUCUGAAGCUUGGCCAAUAUGCAGUGCAACACUGCCCUGGCAUGAUUAUUAAAAGAACAUGUAUCUGUGACACAAUUGCUCCUUUUCUUCCUUAUUCCUCCUUUCUUUCAUCCCUCCUUUUUUUCUGAAUUAAAAUACAAAAACAGAUAUUGCAAAAAAAGCAAGGCUGUGUAUGUAUAAGUGUGUACAGAUAUUAAGUCUUUGACUAAGUACAGAUGGAUUCGGACAUGUAAAUGCUGUGCUAGAAAUGAAACUUGUAUUUUUGCAAUAAAGUUAUAUUGAGCUCCUGUA